GGGCAACAAAAACAAUCAAACAAAAAGCCCACCUAGAUGCCAGUCCUUGAACAAGGCAGAGAGUGUUAGUCAAAAGAAUGUGAUAAAUGUCUUGAAACCUCCCUCUUAAGUGCAUUCAGGUCAUAAGCAGAUGAAAACACAGAAGCAGGCUUUGGGAGCUCCAGAAUUUACCAGAGAAAAGGAUGAAUAAUUGAAAGUACUGGUUAACUCUUGCUUUAGAGAGGUGGACAGAAUAGGAGUGAGAGGAAGAAGAAAGUCUCUUGCUGGAAUUAUUUUAAUGCAUGGCCAACAGCAGACCCCAUACUUGGGAGUCCUCCUCCACCAACACCUCCACCACCUCCUCCCAGCCGCUGUCCCCUACUGAGGGUUUUGGUGUCCCAUCCAUCUUCUAUAACUCUGGAUUUGAGCGGAUGUCCAACAUAACCAGCCCCCAGCGGUUCUCAGGCAAUUUCAACCACGUCUACGAUGGCCACUAUGAACCCGAUCUGAGUUCCCAGAUGAAGGUCCCAAAGAGAAUACGAGUCACAGGGGAUAACGAUGACGACCCAACAGUCAAUUGGGCGCGAUACAAUGGCGUUAAUGAGAAGCUACACAUGAGUGUCCCGGACCGCAUUGUUGUGGCAGGAGGAGACCAGCACAUAGGGACACGGGGAGUGCCCAGAGAGGUGGAGCUGGAAAAGUCUAUCAUGCCUCAGCCAGACCCAGCACUCUACAGGGUCCAAACACCGCCAAGAAGCAUCACAUUGGAUAGCUAUACAUACCCUGGAACGGAGGAUCUCACCCCUUCAGAAGACAGGGAGAGCAGCACCCCUGGCUCAAUUCCAACACUGCUACCCCGCACCACCUCUUCUGCCUCUGCUCCCUUCACUCACCCCACAGAGGACCUGGAUCAGGGACCAGAACCUGGGGCAGUUGGGAUAGCAACAGACCUCAGCCCGGGAGAGGAGGUGUCACUCCUUCGCCGGCAAGUUGGACGACUCAACCGACGUGUGAUGGCACUGGAACUUGACUCCCAGCAGCGCUCACACAGGGAGAUGGUCAUGUACACGCUGGGGGCUGCCUAUUUCCUCAUCAAGGCACUGCUCUGGCUCAACCGCAACUGAGGUGAAGAAGGUAAAAGCUGUGGUGGUGAGGCUGCUGCUGCUGCUGCUGUUGCUGUGAUGGGGAUCAUUCUUUGUUUCUGUGGGAGCUGUGGAGGCAGUGAUGGGAGUCUCCAGCUUCAUUCCAUGCGUGAUGUGUCAGCGGCACUGGUAGCCAGACGUGUGAGACCAUGGCUAGGUCUGGCGGAGACAGCAUUCUCACCACCACACCAGCUGAUGUGGGGUCUUGCAGUGUGUCACAGAGGUGCUGGUGGCAGGGGUAGUAGCAGUGGCCUUGCUCUUGAGUACAUACUUCAUUCUCUUCUAAGCUGCCACAGGGACCUCCCAUUAUGGUAGAUUAACACAUCCCUGCCACCAUCACAACCACCAUACUACUGUUUCAUUUCUCUCCUCUAAUUUGCCCAUCUCUUUUUCCUUCCUUCUGCUGCUGCUGCUCCUCCUUUACCUCCCCCAUAGUUGUCACAGCUUCCUGUUGUUGUCAUAGUAUUGUGAGAGAGAUGAGAGGUGGAGUAGAGCAGGAUAGGUUCUCAUUGGUGUGUGGUGGGCUCUUGUGAUGAUAUUUAAGUUUUCUGUACUUGUAUGUACUGUUUGUAUAUAUAUGAAUAGAUUGUGUCAGUAGUUUUACAUAAUCCUCAUUCUUUUCUUUUUAAUUUGUGAAUAAAACUCUCUCUCUCUCUCUCUCUCUCUCUCUCUCUCUCUCUCUCUCUCUCUCUCUCUCUCUCUCUCUCUCUCUCUCUCUCUCUCUCUCUCUCUCUCUCUCUCUCUCUCUCUCUCUCUCUCUCUCUCUCUCUCUCUCUCUCUCUCAUGUAAUGUGUUUAGUCAGGCUUUCUGUGUAUACAAAAGAAAUAUAGUAUACACACUCGUAUAAGUCUUCCUUA